AAUCUAAAAUGAGCUUUCUUGAAUUGGUGGAUUGUUUUAUUGGUUUAAAUUCCUUUUAAAACUUCAUAUAUAAACUUGAUCGAAGACAGGGGAGAACGUGAAGACGAUGGCUCAAGGGGCAGCGGACAUUGGGAAGGGAGCAAUUUCAGGUGCGGUGAACAUGGCGAGGGGUGCCGCCACCGGCGCCGCCAAUGUGGCUCAAGGCGCGGCGGAUGCCGUCAAGAACACCUUCGGCGCCGCCGGAGGACCCGCCAACCCCACCACCCUCCACUCCGCCAACGCCAAGUCUGCAGCCGAUAGGAAUUAAUUAUUACUCGGGCAUGUAACUCAUUGGUAUACAUAUACUAUCAACAACGUAAACAAUUCCAUAUUAUUAUUCCAAUUGAUAAAUUGGUAAUAUGGAAGCAUACAACAAAGUUUGCCUUUUCACUUUCUUGGUUGUCUUUGGUACGUCCAUUCAUUCUCUUACUCCCUCCGUUCUCAAUAAAACACUUCAUCUUUCAUUUUUUCCACUUCCAACAAAACACUUUCCCUUUCUAUUAAAAAACCACUUUUACCCUUACUUUUUCAUACCCUACCUAUCACAUCAUACUUUUUCUCUAAUAAUCUAUCCAUCACAUCUUACUUUUACCCAUCACAUCAGGGGCAAAAUUGGAAAUCAACUAUAAUUUAACACUUCCUUAUUUUUGCCCCCAAAUCAAAUGGGAAGGAUUUU